AAUGGGCAACUUCCUAAAUAGGUUAUUGUAUGAUUCCUCAGAUAAUAUUAUUUAAAACAUUGAAAAACUUUUCAACCAAAAAGAAAAGAAAAAAAGGAAAAUAUUAUUUAAAAUGUUUACAUUCACAUCCAUUGUUUGUUUGUAGAUCUUACAGUUUGACUAUUCAUUCCCUGGUCCUGGUCUAAAAAUUUAUUGAGGUAGGACCAUUUGAUCCUUACCAGGUAAUAUAAAUCAAAAGAUGAGCUGCACUGAUGCUUCAAGGCAUCACUCAAUCUCUGACAUCAGUGUGAAAUACGUCAGAACCACUAAAAGGCAUGUUAUCUACAGGAAGGUAUCACAUGACAAAGCUGUUACAAUCUACUUAGGAAAGCGAGAUUUCAUUGAUCAUGUGGAAUCUGUGGAAUCCGUAGAUGGAGUUGUAUUGGUGGAUCCUGAUAUUGUGAAGGAAAAAAAAGUAUAUGUGACACUCACGUGUGCAUUUCGAUAUGGACAAGAAGAUAUUGAUAUUAUAGGCCUGACUUUUAGAAAGGAUCUGUACUUUCACAGAGUUCAGAUUUAUCCAUCACUAGACAAAUCAGGACCCCUCACUACGUUGCAGGAAAGCCUGAUAAAUAAACUGGGGAAAAAUGCAUACCCCUUUGUGUUAACUUUCCCAGAUUAUCUGCCUUGCUCAGUGUGUCUGCAGCCAGCUCCCCAUGAAGUUGAAAAGUGCUGCGGAGUGGACUUUGAGGUCAAAGCUUUUUCUACAGACGAUCCAGAAGAAAGGAUUCUCAAGAAACAUUCUGUGCGCCUGCUUAUACGCAAAAUCCAAUAUGCUCCAGAAGUAGCAGGACCUCAGCCUCAUGCAGAAACCACCUGGCAGUUUUUCCUAUCCAAGAAGCCAUUGCACUUGAAAGCUUGCGUCAGUAAAGAGGUGUUUUAUCAUGGUGAACCAAUCCCUGUUACAGUGACAGUGAUAAAUAAUACAGAAAAAACGGUGAAGAAGAUCACUGUGUCAGUAGAACAAAUUGCUAAUGUGAUAUUAUACUCCAGUGACUUCUAUACGAAGACAGUGGCUCUUGAAGAAUCAGAAGAAAAGGUCCAACCAAACAGCAAGCUUACAAAGAUAAUAACUGUUCUUCCUUUGCUGGCAAACAAUCGAGUGAAGAAAGGCAUAGCACUAGAUGGGAAACUAAAGGAUGAAGACACUAACCUGGCUUCUACUACUAUUAUAAAAGAUGGAAUGGACCGGACAGUUCUAGGAAUCCUGGUUGCUUACAAGAUCAAGGUGAAGCUUACUGUCUCAGGCCUGCUGGGAGAUUUCACUUCCAGUGAUGUGAGCAUGGAGUUGCCCUUCCGUCUGAUGCACCCCAUGCAAGACAAGACCAAUAUAGCAGAAAAGGAAAGUGGCCAAGAUGACCUGGUGUUUGAGGAGUUUGCUCGGCAGCAACUGAAAGAUGAAGCUUCUGUAGAAGAAAGCAAAAUGGAGUAUCCAAAUACUGAAUGAAAGAGGGAGAAGGGACAAAUUUAGCAGAGGCCAUAACUUUUGUAUUUGUUAAGAAACAGAAUAGUUAAAUUGAGUUGAUGUGUGGUUCUUGUCUUUUUACUUAAGCUUCUUGCCUCACUAUAAAUGUAGAAGUACAGACUAGUUAUUAGCAGUUGAAUCCAUCCAAUUAAGGAGACCCUGCCACUUCUCCAAACGGGUGUUCCACUGUCAAACUGUUCUUACUAUUUUUCUAAUGUUCACUUUGAAAAGAGCAAUUAUUUUCCCCUCUCAAUCAUUCUUUUUUCUCAAGGUUAAACAUAUCCAGCUUCUCUGAUUUAUGUUCAUAGGAUCUAAUUUCUAGUUAUUUGAUCAUCUUUGUUGCUCUUCUCUGAGUAUGCUCCGAUAUCUCUGAACAUAACAUUAUAAUCUAUGUGGGUCUGAAAAAGCCUAAUAAAGUGGCACAAUUAAUUGUCUUGAUUUGGAAGUUAUAUUUUUGUAGCUCAGCUUAUUAAUUGUAUUUGCUGUUUUGCAAUAAAACUAUAUAUGUUGGAUUAUA